GAGAGCAAGAAGAAGGAUUGUGUCCCAACAAGAGAUUGAAAAGGAAAGUUUUUCAAAAUUAAAAGGAAUUUCUCACAAACAGAUAAAGGAAAACAUGGGGCAGAUUUUGGAUUUAUUCAGACAAAAAGGAUCAAAAGUGAGUCAGCGCAAUAAGGCUUCAUCUUCUGAUUCUGGGAAUGAAGAAAUACAGCAGAUCUUGGCAAAAGAGACAGAGAAGCUAAAUGGCAUCUUGGAAGAAGUUAACAUGAUGUCCAUUGAGAGACAGUCACUCAUCAAAGCAAACGAGGAGCUGAAGAAUAAAGUUAUAGACACAGAAAAAGCGGCACUUGCAAAAGACAAGGAAUUAAAAAAGCUGUUGGUUGUAAACAAAACUUUACAGGACGAUAACACCGCAUUGAAGCAGGAAAACACUGCACUGGGGCAACAAAACACCGUCUUGGAAGAGGAAAAAAGCAUCCUGGAGCAGAAAAACACUGCCCUGGAGAAGGAAAAAAAUACCCUACAUCAGGAAAACAUCAUAUUAAAACAGGUAAAUACCAUCUUGGAGGAGGAAAACACCUUCUUCAAGCAGAAUAAUACGGUCCUGGAAAAAGAAAAGACUGCCAUGGAGCAGAAAUACACCACUCAAAUCAGUACCCUGGAGCAGAGAAUUUCCACAUUAGAACAGGAAAACACCUCUCAGAGGGAGAGAAUUUCCACGUUAGACCAGGAAAACACCUCUCAGAGAGUGAGAUUAUCUCGUACAUUGCGGGUAAGUACCUACCUGGAGCAAAGAACAAGGCGUUUGGAAGGGCAAAACUUUGGUUAUGAGGUCGAUAACAGAGACCUGCAUCAGAACCUCAAUUUAAGAAGAAGGCAACAUGAGCAGGAAAAAACCUCCCUGAUGCUAACUAUCACUGCUCUGGAGGUGAAAUGCACUGCCCUGGAGCAGAAAAACGCUGCCCUGGAGAAUGAAAAGACCGCUUUGGAGGAAGAAAAGACCGCUCUGGAGGAAGAAAAGACUGCUUUGGAGGAAGAAAAGACCGCUCUGGAGGAAGAAAAAACCGCUCUGGAGGAAGAAAAGACUGCUCUGGAGGAAGAAAAGAUCGCUCUGGAAGAGAAAAACACCGCUCUGGAGCAAAAAAAUACCGCCCUGGAGCAGAGAAUAAAGUACUUGCAGCAUAAAAACAAGACCUUGGAGCUGAUAAAUGCCACCAUGGAGCAAAUGAAGAGCUCUCUGGAGAAGGAGAACACCACCUUGGAGCAGGAAAACAAUAACCUGCAGCUUGAAUUGGAACAGCUGAGGGACAGAAUAGAACAGGUGCUUUCAGACCAGCCACAGAAUCAGCCGACUUUAUUCAGAAGAGUGAUCAGAGGCAUCUCCAAUAUGCUUCUGAAAAUGUACCUAACAGGCACUCUCAGGUACUGGAUUGAAAGAUGGUACUUCUAAACAAAGAAGUGUCAUGAGGGCUCCAAGCUUCAUGUUUGAUUAUCGGUGGUCUCCAUGCUGACUUCCAGGGCUUCGUAGCAAGUCAUGUUGGUCUCCUGGCGGACCUCCAGGGCUUUGUAUUGAGUCCUGUCGGUCGCCCGGCCUGCAUCCAGGGCUUUGUAGCGAGUCCCGUUGGUCUCCGUGCUGGCCUCCAUGGCUUUGUAGCGAGUCCUGUUGGUCUCCGGGCUGACCUUCAGGCCUUUGUAGCGAGUCUUGUUUGUAUCCGUGCUGACCUCCAGGGCUUCAUAGCAAGUCCCGUUGGUCUCCGGCC